GUCUAGUGGUGACUUAGACCUAGGAAGGGUGAAGACCCGAGUCGGAUCCCAGCAGUAACCAUGGGGAAAUUGAAUUAUUCAGCUAGGAAGAUCGAGGGUGUCAAGGCCGGUCAGGUCUUGUCCAAGGAUCUGAGGAAGCGCAUCACCCCCGGUGUGGCCUCGAGGGCGGCCGCUCGCGAUCCAUCACUGGAGAUCGACAUGACGGGCAGAGAGUUGACGGACGAAGGAUUCCAGCAGUUCAUUAAUGAUCUACUCGAGUGUCUAUACUACCGUGACGAGGAACACCCGGAGGGAGCCGCUAAGCUGACCGAGCUGCACCUGCCUUUCAACCGGUUGAGUAUCGCGUCUGUGGCGCUGCUGGCGGAGGUGAUAGUGCUAUGUGCGGGGGACCUGCGCGAGCUGGAUCUCUCCAAUAACCGUAUUGAGGUAGCGAGCGAGACGGACAAGCGCGUCUGGCAGGCGUUUCUCGAGUCUUUCAAGGAGUGCUACAUGCUGAAGAAGAUCGAUCUGGGCCACAACCCGCUCGGUUUGGCCGGUGUUGAGAUCCUGGCCCGCGUGUACAUGCAGAGCGACCUUGACUUCGUCACCGAGGACGACGUGGUGGAGGAGAGUGUGGUCUUGCGUGAAAAUGCGGUGCAGCAAGCUUACGAGGCAUCGCCUGUCGACGAUCUGGCUGGGAAGAUGGCGACUCUGAGCCUCAAAGCGGCUGGGAAGGAGAAUAUUCCUCCUGAGAAAGCGACCCCGAGUCGUACUAAGGGCUCUGUCGGCCGGAAGACCCCUCGCCAGGCAAGCCGUACCCAAUCCGUCGCUCCCAUCGGAAAGGCCGCUGCCUCCCAGGACGAAAUGAAACGCUACGCGAGCAUGCGUGGCCUGCGAUCCGUUCCGUAUAUCAUUCUUUCGGGUAUUCCCCUGACUAGCGGCGGCGUGGUCCAUCUUACCAGUAUGGUGAGAAUGCACCGCGCGCCCGAACAGCUGCUCGGGUUCUUGCCUGGUGGGAAGACUGUCUCCCUGCCCAACACAAGCAGCGAGCGGUGCCGUGGAGGCAUCAUCUGGUGGCCAAACCCGGACUUGAGUCAGCACGCACAAAAAUUGCUCAGCGUGACAGAAACACUGCGUGAUCCUCAGUCUGAUGGAGAAGAAACCGACGAGGAAAGCGGGUACGACAGCACGUCAGCGACGACUCCGCACAAGGCCGACGACCCCCUGGCCCAGAGAUCUCUGCAGAAGAAGCGGGACCUGGAGUAUUUGCGGCUGAAUAAGAGGAUCCGUAUCGAUGCCCUCAAGACCGACGGCGUCCACAGCGCCGAGAUCUGGAACACCGCCUUGAAGAUGAUGGUGGUUAGUCGCGCGCUGCUACUGGAAGACCGUCAUCGUCCUGGGGAGGCUCAGCCAGCGGGAAACGAUGAGAAUGGUACCAAACUCGAGUCCAAUACACAGAAGGACCAGCAGAUCCAGCAGGAGACGGACGUUCAACUGCAGCCUGUCCCGGACGAAAGUGUUAACGCUAGCCAAGAAGUCAAGGAGAAGAAGGUAGCCGAUGUGCCUGGCUCCAUGCCCCAUGCGUUCAUGACGAUUCCAAACCACUAUUCUCUCAAUAGCAUCUUCCGACCUGGCUGGAGUGCCUUUGAUACCCACUUCCCUGCUCUCGGGGCACCUCAGACCAGAGAGACUUCCGUGACGCCCUCUCCGGCCGCAGCCUCCAAGGAGAAACCAAAGAAAGCGGAGAAGGUAGAGAAACCGAGCCCGAGCCACGCGCCCAUCCCACGCACUGGCAAGAUCCAAGUUCCUCAGAAGAAGCACUGGCGGUCUGGUCUGCCGGUCGAGCUCUGGCGCAGGAUCAUCGCCGACGCCCUCGGAGCAGACGGGGUUCUCGACCACGAGCAGCAGAUGAAUAUCGUGUUGUAUGCGGCGGAUUGGAAUGCAAUCGCGUACGAGCUGACCAUCAAGGGGUUCGAAGAGCACCAGCAGAUCUGGAAAUUUCUCGACACUGUCAACUGCUUCGCAUACCGUCCGAAUUGACCGUCGUCCUCACCAUCCGUUUCAGCUAACAGGAAUUGGCUUCGUGAUAUUGGUUUUCUUGUCUGGCUGUUUGGAGUGGACAGGGUUACACAUGUUUCAUUUCGAUGGCUGUAUCAACAUGAUGGCAUAGGUUUCUGGAUGAAGGUUUUAGGCAAAACGUAUCAACUAGUAGAUACUUAAAUAGCUAACUAAAUAAAACCCAUGGACCUGGAUUUGGUACCUGUUCCGAGCGGCUGGUUCUGACGAUCCAUGGAUUUGUCGAUAUCUCCUUGCGGGGGUAAGAAAGACUUUACGA